UCUCGUUAAUUUUCCUUCGUUUUCAUACCCUCUUUCCCGUUUUUUCUUAUCUUACUCUAUGCUGCGUUUUUUCAGCUCUAUUUUUAGUUCACGAGUUGCGAUUUGCUUUUACAAUUCAAUUUUGCUGCUUCUUUGCCUGUCGAGAGAGAAUUGAGGGCAGAGGGUGUUGGGAUUUCUCAAAUGGGUUGAUGGGAAUUUGGUUCUACGACUUAUUUGUUUACUGGGAAACUGUGGGAGGGAAGUUUGCUUGAGAAAGCAGUCGCUUAGCUCCUUGUGGGUUGUUUGAGACUUUGAGUUAGUGAAAGAUUCGUAUUGGGAAUUUUUUUGUUCGUUUAGGACUUUUUGUUAGUUAAAUUUGAUGGAAAUCUAGCUUCUGCGUGGGAGAGUACAAGUGUAAUGUAAUGUCUCUGUUCUUUAAUGAGGAGUUUAAUGGGUUUCUGGCUUGGUUGGCUUCUGAGAAAAUUGGUGGAGGGAAAUGGGGGUGAUUUUAAAUGUUUGAAAAAAAAUGUAAGAAGGAGGAAAAUGAGGGUCCGUUUGAAGAAAAAAGCCUUCUGCAGAGCAGAAGAGAAUGUGAUAUGACACUCUUAUUAUUAGUUUCAGAGGAGUUGAUUUUGCUUUUCAAAGUUUCUCUCUUAAAGACGAAUGGUGUGGCUUUAAGUUCAUGCUAUCACGUAAGUUAGUUUUGAACAUUGCCGAGAGAGGCAUUUUGGAAGACCCUUUUCUCCCGAGGAGUUUCAAUCCAUCAAAAUGAGGCAGAAAAUGAUUUUAACAUUCAGUCAGUUAACCAAUGCAGGGAGUCCUUUACUAAUAUCAGCUGUAAAAUUCUCCAAUGAAUUUAAAUGUUUUUCAAAUUAAGCAUGUUCUAUAUCUCUCAAAUUCACAAGCAAUCAGACAUGAUACCACAUUUGAGGUCCUUGUUUGCUUGUUAUAUGUUUCUUCCUUGUCCCUUCUUUGGUUGCGGUUUAAUUCAUCUAUCUUCUUUCAUGAGCUUUCAUGAGACGAACUUACUGUCACAUUGUAAUCAUAUCUUUUGUUGUUUCUUAAAUCUUAUUAUCUGGCCUGAGCGUUGACCAUUUUCUAAUACUAAUCGUGAAUAUUUCAUCUUGGCCUCUCAGCUGCUUACUGUCCUUUCGGUUUGAUCCUUAGUAGGUCGACUUGCCAGAAGAUCAGAACACGUACACAUCCUGAUGGUCCGUGAGAAAGAUAUUUGUUGGGAAUAUGCUGAGAAAUUAGAUGGUAACAAGAGGUGUAAAUCCAUGUAGUAAAGUGAGGGACGACGUUUCUGAUAGAGUGAGAGCCAUACUAGCAACUAGAGAGGAGAUCAAGGAAACAUCCAGUGGGAAAAAGCAGAAGCUAGCUGAAGUCAAGACUGUUGAAAAUGCACCAUCAAUGUCAAUGUGUAAAUCUGUUAUUUCGAUGGAGGCCCCAUCGCCAAUUGCCAAAGUUUUUCCAACUGUUACUCCCAUGGCUCCUCCAUCAUUACAUAACCAUGAAAAUGCUGAGAAAAGCAUUGCUUUAUUCUUUUUUGAGAAUAAGCUAGACUUUAGUAUAGCUAGAUCUUCAUCCUAUCAGCUAAUGAUCGAUGCAAUAGGGAAAUGUGGCCCUGGAUUUACAGCCCCUUCUGCCGAAACUCUGAAGACUACUUGGUUGGAGAGGAUCAAAACUGAAGUGAGCCUUCAGUCGAAGGAUAUUGAGAAAGAGUGGGCUACCACCGGCUGCACAAUCAUUGUAGACACAUGGACUGACAAUAAAUCAAGAGCUUUGAUCAACUUUUUGGUUUCAUCCCCAUCCCGGACCUUUUUUCACAAAUCCAUUGAUGCAUCUACAUAUUUCAAGAACACAAAGUGCCUUGCUGAUUUAUUUGAUUCCGUCAUUCAAGAUUUCGGCCAUGAAAAUGUAGUGCAGAUAAUCAUGGACAGUGGUUUGAAUUAUUCAGGUAUUGCAAAUCAUAUCCUCCAGACUUAUGGAACUAUAUUUGUGUCUCCCUGUGCUUCACAGUGUCUGAAUGCAAUUUUGGAGGAAUUUUCAAAGGUAGAUUGGGUAAACCGAUGUAUCCUGCAAGCACAAACCAUAUCAAAAUUUCUAUAUAAUAGUUCCUCACUGCUUGACCUGAUGCGAAGGUUCACUGGCAGUCAAGAACUCAUUCGGACUGGGAUAUCGAAGCCCGUAUCAAGUUUCCUGUCUUUGCAAUCUAUUCUGAAGCAAAGGUCAAGACUGAAGCAUAUGUUCAAUAGUCCUGAAUACACCACGAAUCCUUAUUCAAAUAAACCACAGAGCAUUUCUUGUAUUGCGAUUAUAGAAGAUAAUGAUUUCUGGAGGGCAGUGGAAGAAUGUGUGGCAAUAUCAGAGCCUUUCCUAAGAGUCUUGAGAGAAGUGUGCGGGGGUAAACCUGCUGUGGGAUGUAUAUAUGAGUUAAUGACUAGAGCAAAAGAAUCAAUAAGAACGUAUUAUAUAAUGGAUGAGAUCAAGUGCAAGACAUUUCUGGAUAUCGUUGACAGGAAGUGGAGGGACCAACUUCAUUCCCCGCUUCACGCAGCAGCUGCGUUUUUGAACCCGAGUAUUCAGUAUAAUCCAGAAAUAAAGUUCCUUACUUCCAUUAAAGAGGAUUUCUUUAAUGUUUUGGAGAAAUUGCUCCCCUUGCCAGAGAUGAGACGGGACAUUACCAAUCAAAUAUUUACUUUCACAAAGGCAAAUGGGAUGUUUGGAUGCAGUUUAGCAAUGGAAGCAAGGGAUACAGUUUCACCUUGGCUUUGGUGGGAACAGUUUGGUGACUCUGCGCCCGUGUUACAACGAGUUGCAAUACGGAUUCUCAGUCAAGUUUGCAGUACUUUCUCCUUCGAGCGGAAUUGGAGCAUGUUUCAGCAAAUUCACUCUGAAAAACGUAAUAAAAUCGACAAGGAAACAUUAAAUGACCUUGUCUACAUAAACUACAACCUCAGGUUGGCUAGACAGAUGAGAACAAAACCCCUGGAAUCUGACCCUAUCCAGUUCGAUGACAUCGAUAUGACUUCGGAGUGGGUAGAGGAGAGUGAAAACCAAAGCCCGACGCAGUGGCUCGACAGAUUUGGUUCUUCUUUGGACGGGGGCGACUUGAAUACCAGACAGUUCAAUGCUGCCAUGUUUGGUGCAAGUGACCACAUAUUUAAUCUGUGAGAGCAUUUUAACUUGCAACAUCAAAUUGUUUGUUUGUAAUCCUCUCCAGUUCUUAGGCCUUGUAUGUAUUCUCUGAUUAGAGGCUUCAUUUUUCCCCCCUCUUCCUUUUGUUGUAUUGUAGCAUGAAAUUGCUCCUUGCUUUUUGUAUAUAAAAUAUAAACAAAGCUUAGGCUAUGCCUUUGAUGGUUUA